CGCUGUCCCCGUGUCGUAGAGCACGUAGUUAGAGCGUGUUGGCUUAUAGCCAUGGAUGAGAGUUAAUAGUGAGAAAACACAACAAGGUUGAAGCGCACGCGAGCAUAGGUGCGUAAAUGCAAAGAGGAAACCGAUAGCUGUCAAAUACUCUGGGAAACGGCGAGUACGAAUGACGGCGGCUACCACCCAUAUAUACAGUGACUGUCACCUAGCCUAACGUCGCUUCACCGCCGUUUCCCUCUCUCUCUCUCUCUCUUCAUAACACUCUCCCUUUUACGCCUCACGCCAAAUGCCUGCACUCUCUCUCUCUACCAAGCAACCCCAACAACCUCUGUUGUUGUAGUUGUAUUCACUGCAUUUCCUUAAUUACACUUGGUCUCUUCUACUACGUGUCGUGCUUGGUAACAAUGGAAGAUAAUGGCUUGGUGCCGUUGUUUUAUGUUGCUCACCACAAGUGGAAGUUUGUCAUGUCUCCUUUGCUGCUCAUGCUUUUUCUUCUCUCUCCACUUGCUUCCCCCUUCAGUACCGAAGAAGGAAAGGCAUUAAUGGCGAUGAAGGCUUCCUUCAGCAAUAUUGCAGACGUUCUUCUUGACUGGGAUGACGUGCACAAUGACGACUUCUGCUCUUGGCGUGGAGUUUUUUGUGAUAAUGUCAGCCUUACUGUAGUUUCUCUGAACCUGUCUAGUUUGAACCUAGGUGGGGAGAUAUCACCAGCAAUUGGUGACUUGGGGAACCUGCAAUCCAUAGACCUCCAAGGGAAUAAACUAACUGGUCAAAUCCCAGAUGAAAUUGGAAACUGUGCAGCGCUUGCUCAUCUGGAUUUGUCUGAUAAUCAGCUUUACGGUGAUAUUCCUUUCUCCUUGUCCAAGCUGAAGCAACUUGAGUUUUUGAAUUUAAAGAGUAAUCAAUUGACUGGUCCUAUACCAUCAACUUUAACCCAAAUUCCAAACCUGAAAACUCUUGAUCUUGCUAGAAAUAGGCUCACUGGAGAGAUACCAAGACUACUCUAUUGGAAUGAAGUCUUACAGUACCUUGGGUUGCGAGGGAACCUGUUGAGUGGUACUUUGUCCCCUGAUAUCUGUCAAUUAACGGGUUUGUGGUAUUUUGAUGUGAGAGGCAACAAUUUGACUGGUACCAUACCUGACAGCAUUGGGAACUGCACAAGUUUUGAAAUCUUGGACAUAUCAUAUAAUCAGAUAACAGGGGAGAUUCCUUAUAAUAUUGGAUUUCUUCAAGUCGCUACUUUGUCACUUCAAGGAAAUAGACUAACUGGGAGGAUUCCAGAAGUGAUUGGUUUAAUGCUCUUAUUAAACAUACACUGUGUGACAUUUUCCAGCUUCAUUGGAAAUCCUUUCUUAUGUGGAAAUUGGUUUGGAUCAAUCUGUGGUCCUUCUGUGCCAAAAUCAAGAGAGAUUUUUUCAAGAGUUGCUGUUGUAUGUCUCACACUGGGGAUCAUGAUGUUGUUGGCCAUGGUAAUUGUUGCAUUUUAUCGAUCCAGCCAGUCAAAACAAUUGAUGAAAGGAUCUAGCCGAACUGGCCAAGGUCCCCCAAAACUUGUUGUUCUCCAUAUGGAUAUGGCUAUCCACACUUUGGAUGAUAUAAUGAGAAGUACAGAGAAUCUCAAUGAGAAAUACGUCAUUGGGUAUGGUGCUUCAAGUACUGUAUACAAAUGUGCUUUGAAGAAUUCCCGACCAAUUGCAAUUAAGCGACUGUACAACCAACAACCACACAAUUUUAGGGAGUUUGAGACAGAACUUGAAACUAUUGGCAACAUUCGACACCGAAACCUUGUCACCUUGCAUGGAUAUGCUCUUACACCCAAUGGGAAUCUCCUUUUCUAUGAUUAUAUGGCGAAUGGCUCCUUGUGGGAUCUUCUACACGGGCCGUUGAAGGUAAAACUUGAUUGGGAGACACGUCUGAGAAUUGCUGUCGGAGCAGCUGAAGGACUUGCUUAUCUCCAUCAUGACUGCAACCCACGAAUUGUUCACAGGGACAUAAAGUCUUCGAAUAUUCUGCUGGAUGAAAACUUUGAAGCUCAUCUCUCUGAUUUUGGCACUGCUAAAUGUAUCUCAACCACAAGAACUCACGCAUCGACCUAUGUCCUUGGAACUAUAGGCUAUAUUGACCCUGAGUAUGCCCGAACAUCUAGGCUGAAUGAAAAAUCAGAUGUUUAUAGCUUCGGGAUUGUUCUACUGGAGCUACUUACUGGGAAGAAGGCAGUGGACAAUGACUCCAACUUGCAUCAAUUGAUAUUAUCCAAGGCAGAUAACAAUACUGUAAUGGAGGCUGUGGAUCCAGAGGUGUCUGUAACGUGCAUUGAUCUGUCACACGUUAAGAAGACCUUUCAGCUUGCUUUGCUUUGCACUAAAGGGAACCCCUCUGAGAGGCCUACUAUGCAUGAAGUAGUCAGGGUGCUGGUAUCCCUACUUCCUUCACCUCCAAGUAAAAUCCUUGCCCCACCUGCAAAGAAAUUCGACUAUGCGCAUUAUGUGAUUGAGAAGGGACAACAACGAAAAGAGGAAGCAAGACAACCUCAGGAGGACAACAAUUCAUCCAAUGCUCAAUGGUUUGUUCGAUUUGGGGAUGUUAUAUCCAAGAGUACUUAACGUUCGUUGGUUUGAUGUCUGACAUAAGUUGAUGAUCGGGUUUAACUAGUGUUUCUUUUUGUGAUUAGAUAUAUCCUUUGACCUUUCAACAAAUAGGGUGUGGAAUACAAAUGAAUAGGGGGAUAAAACACUUUACUGUUAUAGAGCUUAAGGAAGUUUCUGCUGUAUAUCUUACAAGCACUUGUUUCCUGGCUUUAUUUGAUUAAUGCUGCUCUUAAGUUGCUUGUUUUGAUUGUUAAUUAUGGUGGUUAUUGGGUA